CUGUGUGUUAGGGACGUGUCGUUCUAUGAGAAAAUUUCUGCGCGAAAAUAUUACGAUGAAAAUUGCCGUCUGAUUUUUUCCGUUAGUGAACGAAUCGUGGUGCUGUGUGUGAUUACUUUCACGGUUUUGUGUGGUUGUGUGUGUUUUAGUGAAAAUAUGUAAUCACAGGAGGGAAAAGAAUGAUCAAGAGGAGGACUUUCUUAAAACACUGGGGCAGCUAGCGAAAUUCAAGCAAUAAUGACUAUAAAUUUAAGUGCGUCGAAAUGUAACCAAGUUCCCCAAAUGUGACGUUCACUAAAUUCAGUGCCAAAACAAUGUUUUGCUGUAAAGAACUUAAACUACUCUAUGCCACUGUUGUUCUAUUGCUUGAAGCUGAGUUGUUAGUGAACACAGGUGCUAUGGAGUCGAAGCGGGCUUCCAUUUUGGUCACGCAAAACGCGGACGACCUUAAGUCUCUGGAAUUGUGCACUACGCGAAAUCAACAAAGAUUGGGUAGUGUUUUUGGGAAUUUUACUCGCCAUCACAAGAAAGGUCACCGAAGAAGAACCACCACUACCACGUCGUCAACGCAAACUACAAUAACAUAUACAACAACAGACACCAAUGAAGAUUCCACGGAAUCGUAUACGACGAGUGCCUAUAACUUAAGCACAAGUACCAUUCAUCCCAAACUACCAAAACCCCUUCGUCUCUCAUCCUUAGAUAAAGACUUCGAUGAUAAUGUACAUAAUAUAAAUAAUAUUAUAGAAGCAGUUAGAGAAAUAAGUCAUGAAAGACAUCAUAAUAAACACCACGAUCGGUUUCAAGAUAAAGAAAUCAUUGCAGAAUUAGAUGAAUCAUCAAUAGCUAAAUCAUUAAAUAAAGUUAAGAAAUUGUACAGAGAUUCUACUGCGUCAGCAGUUAAUAAGUUAAGUGGGAAAGCUAAGAAUGGUAUAUUUUUGACUGACAAUUGUACUACUGUUAUAGCUCAAAUAGGAACCACUGCAAUAUUGCAUUGCGAAGUUAGUGACAUAACGGAAAAUACGGUGACGUGGAUCAGAAGGAAAGAUUACUCACUGUUAUCCGUUGGCCUUGUCACCUACAGUGCAGACAGCAGAUUUUUUUCGGCCCACGGGAGACACGUCAAGGACUGGGCGUUACACAUACGGUUCGCUACGUCAGCUGACGCGGGUUACUACGAGUGUCAAGUGCCAACACAUCCUCCUACUAGCAUAUUUUUUAAGCUCGUUCUUGUCGCGGCCUACGCAGAGAUCAUGGGCGAAUCAGAGAAGAUCAUCCACGAGGGUUCGAUGCUGAAGCUGGUGUGCGUGGUCAAGAGGUCCACGGAACCACCUUCCUAUGUGUUCUGGUACUUCGAGAACCGAAUGAUCAACUAUGACCUGAAUGGAGUAAGCGUCCACAAUGGGAGGCAAACCAGCGAGCUAAUUAUCGGAAAAGCAGAGCCACGGCAUGCCGGCAACUACACUUGUGUUCCAGCCAACGCUAAAGCAGCUUCAGUCACCGUACACGUUGUACAGAGUGAAACACCAGCCGCAAUGCAGCAUGGGAAUAAUUCGUCAGUGAAAACGCGAGGGAAUUUAGCGCACUCGUUAAUAUUAUUAUCGUUAUUCAGCUUGUUCGAACGAAAUGUGCGACCGCCUGGAUAACGAUGUCUUAAUGUAAAAUAAUUGUCGCUAUGUAAUUAAUUAUAUUUUUGCCCCUCAAAAUGUUAAUUGAUGUUUUCCACUUGAAAAUGUAUAAUCAAUGUAAAGAAAUAUUUUUUUUCUGUGAUAGACUAA